AUGGAUGCACCUAGAUUUCAGCCUUUUGGCUUUAACCAACAAUCUCAAUCGCAGGAUACCCAAGGAUUUAACGUCAGUCAAGUCCCGAGUUCUAUGAAUCCUUCAAUGCAAAAUCAACCAGGAAAUUACUCUUCGCAAUCUAAUGGCUACCCUCGACCUGGCCAAUUUAUUCCCGGCCAGCAUCUACAAUCUAUGCCUUUUGAACAAACUAGGCCUUAUAUAUCAGAAAUCCAAUAUCAACAAAAUCAGCAAUCUUCAAUGCCGCCAAGUUUUAUACCUGCUGGAACUAUGAGUCAGAUCUCAGGAAACCCAUCAGGAACAAAUCCUUCUAUGCCAAUAAUUCGACCUCCUUUCGCUCCUAAACAAGAUGCUCAGCCUUUAAAUCCUCUUACUAUGCCUCCAUCACGCAGUAUUACUCCUUAUAAUCCUCAAGGUAACAGUUUCUCAUCUCCUCCUCCCAUUUCUGGAACACUAACGCCAACUAGCAGACCUUCUCCUGGUAUUAAUCCUCCAUUUUCUUCAUCACAACCUCUACCUUCAGGAAUCAAUCCUCCUUUUAAUUCUUCUCCUGCAAAUAGCCAAAAUCUUCGCUUUCCUCCUUUCUCCAAUGCUCCAGCAAAUCCCUCACUUCGAUUUCCAGCUUUUAACACUCCUGGCAACAACGCUCAAGGACAAUCAUUCCAGCCAGGCGGCUCAGAUUUUUAUCCUUCUCAACCUCUGAACCUAUCAAAUCUACCUCCCACUCAGCAGCCAACUCAAAAUUAUACAGAAAACCAAGCUAUCAAUCAGCCAUUUAAAAGCACUCCUUUAAAUCUUAGUAUAAAAAAUUUAGUAUAAUCCAAAUGUUAGAGACUUCAUAAUUUAGGAAAAAAUUAUGAAAAAUAAAGAAUCCUUUAAAUCAGCCUUUUAGCAUUCCUUCUUCAUCACCCAACAACCCUCCACCUUUUUUUCCAAACAGUUCUCCGCUUCCUUUAAAUUAAGGUUAAGCUAGAUUAGCUGAUUUUACGAAGUUUCUAUUUUUACAGGUAACCUUUUAUACUUUGUCAGAAAGUGUCUUCUUGGACAAGCGAACUAAGUGGGCAUCAACCUCUGGUAACUCUAAUCCCAGGCUGAGCCCUGGAUUCUCAGUAAUGGCAUUAUCCUAAUGUUGAACAGUGACUUUAAAAAUCAUGCCUGGAUAUAUACGGGUCUCCAUCGCUGAGAGAUAUCGCUCUCAGUUUUAUGUUUAUCCCUUCCUUUAAAUAACCCUGCACUUAAUAAAGCUGAAAUCCCUCAAAAUCCCUCAACUAUAAUACCUCCUCCUGAAGAUAAUUCGCCAUCUAGAUGAACUUUUUCUACGUCUGGGCUUAGCAAAGAAUUUAGUAAAUCUGAAACUAAAAUUAUUGAAGCAGCUUUUAGAGAAAAAAAAGAUCAUUUAAUUUUGGAAUCGAAUGAGGGUACCUUUUUAAUUGAUUUUAAAAGCAUGACAAGAAGAAAGAUCGAUAAUAAUGGUGAGCCGAUAAAUAGACAAGGCGGAGGGGUUUCAUGAAAAUGGAAAAAUGAAGAUGGAAGUUGAAGAGACUACUCACCUGAUGACAUCCAAACCAUUGAAUCAGGCUAUCAAAAUAUGCAAAAAAAUGGAGCACCUACAAGUAUCACCUUAAAUGGCAGAUAUACAAUUGAUUAUUUGACGCUUAAACAAGUUAAUACAAAGACAAACUUUGGCAGAGAAAUUAAACGGUAUUCAUAA